AUGCCACUGUCUAAUGAGCACCUGUACAGCCAGCUCUAUGGCAGAGAUUUGGAAUUGAUGCGUAAAAUUUACAAGGGAGAAAAUCGUGAUCAUUUAGUCGAGAAUCCGUUGAUGCAUUCACCGCAUCAGCCACAUAAUCCAGAUGCAAUGAUAAUGAAAAAUACCGGCUAUCCAAUGAACUAUCCAAAUGCCGGCACACAGUUUGGACUGCAAUCAAAUUCGCAAUACCAUCAUGCAUUGUCACCGUCGAGAACGCCGCCCAAAAUGCAUCAUCCCGAGCAAAUUAUGUCACCAGACAACACACGAAUGAUCAAACAGGAAGAAAAGUCGGUUCUUUUUAAUUCACCACCACCGACGCCAAGUAGCUAUUCCGGAUAUGGUGCCGCUUCAAUGUCACCCACAUCGCUAUUGGGCAAUCAAAUCACACGUAAAUUUGCCUCGGACGCUCUUCAUAAGCAAACGUACGAAGAUCGAAAGUUACAUUUGAGUGCUAGCUACGCCAACAAAGAUCAUCUCGAUCCAACAAACUAUAGCGAUAGCAUUUAUGCCGACGUUAUGAACGCAUCAAAUAGUAACAUCAACAAUUUUAUGCACAUGCAACAUGAACAGCAUGAAAAGCAGCCAAACCAACGACAUCAGCAUCACCAUCACCAUCACCACCAGAACACAACGAAACACAGUAAUAAUAGCCAGUUGAUUGGCACCGAAUCGAACAACCACUUCUACAAUAUUAGCGACUAUGAGAGCAAUGACAAAAGGCAACAACAACAGCACCACCAUUCAUCGCAUCAAUUAUUUCAACAAAAUCAAUUUUCAAUUAAUAAUACUACUCCAAAAGAUAAUGGCGGCGCCAAUGUCAAUAUUGCAACGACGAUUGGUUUGACGGAGAAGAGUCCAAUCAAUAAUACGUCGUCAUCUUCGUCGACGUCGUCGUCAAAAUUGAAUACGGCUUGCAGUCACAGUGAUAGUAACAAUAAUAAUAACAACAGCAGUAAUAGUAACAAUGAAAAUAAUGCCAAGAAUGUACGAAUGACAGCUAAAUACAGUGCUGCUGCGGCUACGGCUACGGCUGCGGCAGCUGUAAGCAAUGCUAAUGCUAGUGAAAAUACAUUUGAGAAUCCAUGCCGAACACCAGCCAAGAUGUGUGCGAAAUCAAUUAAAAACGAUGGCACAUCGAAAAUCCAACCCAAUAAAGUCAAUAACAGCAACAAUGCAACGAAUUUAUUACCACAUUCAAAAUGCGGAAGUGAACCAACAAACGAUUUUAUGCUGCACAUCCGAGUCAAAGAGCAAAAGCAACAUCAAAUGCAGCAAUCGGCAAACGGACGAAUGCCACAGCAAAUGGGUGAUUUUGAUGAGACGACGAGCAACAGUUGCUCAACGCCUGGCAACGAAGACACCGCCACCAAUUACAAUGAUGAUGAGGGUGACGAAUUUAUGAAUUUGUAA